CGCCUUAAAAUACAAGAGCUGGGGAGUUGACUAAGCCAAACUGGUCUUUUGUUUUAAAGAAAGUUAGCCGUUUCCCUACGUUAUUAAUUUGUUUUUGUGUGUGCUUCGUGGGGGAAAAAAGGAAAUCAGAUGCAGUACACUAUUCAAGCCGGAUGUUUCACCGUCUAUGGCACCGGCGGGAACUAACUGGUCUGUGAGGUUGAUAUGAGAACAAGAAGGCUGGUCGUAAUUGCUUGCAGUAUAGAGAAUAAUGUAUGCUGAAACACCGGUUGCGCAGUUCCGAGGGGUGGAUUCAAUUGUGCAUUAAAGAGCCGCGACCAGGAAAAGGCGGUACAAAUGCUAGCGCCAUCUGAUCAGAUCCCGCCACUUUUAAACGUCUCUAGCGCCGACAGAGAGAAGCUGCAGAAUCGUCUGUAAAGAGGAUGGCUACUCCACCAAAAAGAAUGUGCAUCAGUCCCCUUUUCAAUGAUAGUUUUGAAAAGAGAGCAAAAAGGAUUUCAAUCGAAGGGAAUAUUGCUGCAGGGAAAUCUACUUUUGUUCGAAUGUUGGAACGAGCCAGUGAUGAGUGGGAAGUUGUUCCUGAACCUAUUGCGAAAUGGUGUAACGUGCAAACCGCUGACAAUGAAUUCCAGGAACUUACAACAUCCCAAAAGAGUGGUGGCAAUCUCCUCCAGAUGCUCUAUGACAAGCCAAGUAGAUGGGCAUACACAUUUCAAACUUACGCUUGCCUGAGUAGGGUUCGGGCACAACUUAAGCCAUUGUCCUCCAAAAUUCAGGAAGCAGAACACCCUGUACAGUUCUUUGAAAGAUCUGUAUACAGCGACAGGUAUAUAUUUGCCUCAAAUUUGUUUGAAUCUGGAAACCUCAAUGAAACUGAAUGGUCCAUUUACCAAGAUUGGCAUGCUUGGAUAUUGAACCAAUUUGGCUCAGAAAUCGAAUUGGAUGCCAUAAUCUAUCUACGAGCAAACCCCGAAAGAUGUAUGGAGCGACUUCAUCUGAGAGGACGAGAGGAGGAACAAGGAAUUGAGUUGGAGUACCUAGAGAAAUUAGAUUAUAAGCAUGAAUCUUGGCUUCAUAACCGAACAAUGAAGGUUGACUUUGAACACUUGAAGGAGAUCCCUGUUUUGGUGCUGGAUGUUAAUGAAGAUUUUAAGGAUGACAAGAUUAAACAAGAGGAUCUUUUAGAAAAGGUGAAGGCAUUCUUGCAGACGUUAUAGUAGAAGGGAACUGACUACAAACUUGUAUUUUUUGCACUGAUUUUCAUCUGCUGUUUGAACAAGAACGCAAGUAACCUGAACUUGAAGAAUAAGUUUAUCUGAAAAAUGUUUAGCAUUGUUGGGCUGGAUGCAUGUCAUACCUAACUUGAUAUGCGCCAAGUUUGGCAUUCAGUCCAAGAUCGUCUACUGCAAGUAACUGCAAAUCCUUCAUUCAAACUGCAUUCCCAAAUCACAAUGAUACUGAAUUAUCAUAUAAUGUCAUUGAACAUGCCUUCUGAAGGAUGCCCUCUAGAUAAUGUAGCACUUGCUCAGCAUUGCGUCUGGAAUCAUGUGAUCAGUUUCCCUGUGACCAAUUUUGCAAUUCAAAUAAAUUGCCUUCUCAAGCACUGAUAUAAAUUGUCUUUUUUUGGAAAUUGUUAAUAAUUGUUUUCCUAUCCAUGUCUACAGGCUCUAAGCAACAAUAUUUGCAACUUUCAUAUUCUUGCAUAUUCCUUGAUUUCGCAGUUGCUUUCAUCAUUUAUUUAUAAUUCUAUUUUUUUAUGUAUGCGUCAAUUGACUCCAACCAUUUUAUUUUCCUUUUAAGAUGAUUAGUUUAAACUACAAUGUUUUAAGUCAUUGCAAUGAGAAAAGACUUAUUUGUAUUUUUGGACUUUUAUUAUGAAUUUUUCUCCAUCUUUCUUUGAAUUUAGCUGCAUUUGUUUAUGUGCUUCUUGUAACAGCUAUGUUCAAUAAUAUUCCUUUAAAAUAGAAAGUUACAAUUUCAACCCAGAUAGUAUUAUUAAGUGGCAAAAUAGCUCUGAUAUAGAUUGAGCAUGAAGUAAUGGGUGUGAAUAUAUCUACAUCAUGUAUUAGAGAUUCUGGUAUCUUUUCUGUUUUUGUUUAUUCUGGUUUCAGCACAAUAUAUAAAUCCAUUGUAUUUUACUUCAACUUUUAGGUGUAGCAUUUUCCUGCAUUUUCAAUAAAAAUGGAUGUGUGUA